AUGAAGUCAUUACCAUAUGAAUAUUAUAUAUUAUUAAAUAUGAUUUUAUUAUUAAUUUUGAAUGAAUUAUCAUUCAUUAUUGGUUUAAAUGAACAUGUUCAGUUGUCAAAUACAAUUUUAAACAAAGAAUGUGAAAAUGAUGAUCCACUAGGUAUGAUAUCAGGUACAAUUGCCGAUUGGCAGAUUACUUCAUCUUCAACUUAUCCAUCCAGUUUGGUGAAAGGAUGUGAAGAAAAAAAUGCACGCUUAUUUCGAACAAAUGGUUUAGCUUGGUGUGCAAAAUUUAAAUCCUCUUCAGAAUGGCUUCAGAUUGAUUUAGGUGUACAAGCAUUAGUAACAGGCAUCAUGACUCAGGGUCGGGGUGAUGGUUCAGAAUGGGUAACUUCAUUUAUGGUAUCCUACAGUGAUGAUGCUAUGCACUGGAAGUUUGUCACUGACCAAUAUGCCAAUCAAAAAAUUUUUGAAGGAAAUUCAGACUCCUACUCAGUAAAACAUAAUUAUUUUGAUGAACCAAUUCGAGCAAGAUAUGUUAAAAUUCAUACAUACACAUGGCAUAAUCAUCCUAGUCUUCGAGUUGAAUUAGUUGGCUGUCAGUCAUGUAAACAACUUAUUGGUAUACCUCCUUAUGCAAGAUUCGCUGCUUCAAGUUCUCGUGGCAAACGCUCACAACGUUCUUGUACUCCAGAAUAUGGUCAUUAUCUAAGUAAUAAAGCAUGGUGUGCUCAGCGUCAGGAUGCUUUGCAAUGGCUUCAAAUAGACGUUGGCCCACCAACAUUAAUAACUGGAGUUAUUCUGAAAUCACGAGGAGAUGUGAAAAAUUCGCAAUAUGUAACACGUUUCAAGCUCUCUUACAGUAAUGAUACACGCCUGUGGUACUUUUACAAGGAUGCAGCCCCUCUAGAUCCUAGGAUAUUUGAUGGAAAUAAUGAGCAAAUCACUGAACGUAUUCAUUAUUUGGCUACUCCAUUUAUUGCACGUUAUGUACGUAUACAUCCAGUAAUAUGGAGAAGCCGUAUUGCAAUGCGUGUUGGUCUAUUAGGAUGUAAACAGAAAGGUUCUUGUACUGCUGGUUUCUUUAGAAUUAACAAUGAAAGUUCUUGUGUUCCUAAUCUUGCUUACAAAAAAAAUGCUUGGUUAACACCAGAAUCUUCAAAUCAUCGUAAAAGAAAUCUUCAAGAUUCUGAUAAGGUAUCACGAUCAUAUGGUUUCACCAGUGAAGCAAGAAACUUAAUUGAUCCUGAAAAUCCUUCACAUUUUCAGUAUACUGAAAAUCAACGUCCACCAAUGUUGGCUCAUCAUAGGAUAAGAGAUAACACCGCUAACUCAAAUGCAUUCAAAUUUAGUAACAUACCUCUAUGGUCAUCAGUUAAUGGUAUGACCAAUGAACAAUUCAUGGGUGACAGCAGUGAUAGAAUGGCAUUGUUAGCUGUUGAUGGUUGGACAGGUGAAGAAAUACUUUUAAAAAAUUCAACUUUAUCAACGAGGUCAUCAGAACGUUUAAUGAAUGAUGCUCCAGAUAAUAAACAACUUACGAAUGAUAGUUUAAAUAAAAGAAGUAUACAGAAUGUUCUACACACAACCUCAAUGACACAAAAGUCCGCCCAUCCAUGCACUAUACUUGAAUAUCGUUGGCCCUUUGUUGAAUUACCUUCAUGGUACGUAGACCUUAGGGAGCAUAUUGAAGUAAAAGGAGUUGUUAUUUAUACAGCAGGUCAUGGUAGAGAUGGAAGAUAUCUUCUGUCUUCUUUAUUUGGCAGUGAUGACAAAACAAAAUUCAAUUCAGAAAAUUUAGAAAGAUUAUCUAUCUAUGUCGAGUCAGAGCCACGUCACCAUGAUACUAAAGCAUUAUCUAGAUCAAGUUCUAGUCUAUGUGGUUUUGUUACUAGAAUUAAUGAUGCUAUAUUCAGUCCACGUUUACACAUACCUUGCAGACAACCGUUAAUCGGUCGUUAUGUUUAUGUUGAAGCUCGUGGAAAACGACCGAACAACUUGACAAAUGAAGCUUCGAAAAAUGACACCGCCCAAAUAAAUGAUUAUAAUGUUUUCGGGUAUUCAGGGGGUCCUUUAUCAACACUGACUAAGUCACUGCUGGGUAUACGCGAACCCUUGGAGUGGAAGGAUACUAUCGAAAUUCGUCAGUUAAGUCCUGGAUGCAAAUGGCCAUCUGAGCUACUCAAUCCGAUCAAAAGUCAACCAAAUACAACUUUAUAUCUAUUGACGGAGUUUCUCGAGCUGCAAUUAGAUGACGGUAACCUAGAACCUAUUUUUGGUUCAGCAUUUAUUUACGAUGUUCAUUCGCGCCUUAAAGUUUCGGAAACAUUCCAUUUUGAUACCAAUUCAACGAGAAUGAUGAACUUGUUUAGUGGUAGUAUGACAAACCAGCAACUAGCUUAUCGUGAUGUGACCUCAUUAGCACAGACCUGUUUGUUUCGAAUAAGUAGUCGAUACAAUCUGUCCAACUCAACAGAUCUAAGAAGUAAUAUUACGAAGCCUUAUUUAAAAACACCCUCUGGGGGCUCUGCGGAAAAAAUUGGAGUACACUCGAAUGUUCCUACAAAUGACUGUGAAUCAAAUAACGACGAUGAUUUUGGUUUAGAAGACGUCCUACUAUUUGCUUCAGAAUGGACUGAGAAGCUUACUUUUAACUCUUGUAAAACAUCUUGUUGUAAAGGCGGAUUGUUUUUAAUUAUUCGAGUAGAGAAGGUAUUACAACAAGGUGAUGUAAAUGAUAUCAUUGAAGGUUAUAAUAAGGAUGAAAAAAAUAAAGAUAAACUGAAAACCACAAUAAACUGGUGUUGUCAACGCUUAGGACGUUAUCGUAUGCCCUUAGUUUGGACUGCUGUUGAUUUAACACCAUAUAUGAUUGAUCCUCGUAAUAAAUUUAUUCAAUCACAAACUGAUGAUACUCAUUGUGCAAAAACAACGGAAUCCAUUAAUCUCAACAAACAAUAUUCUGAGUUUAAUAAACGAAAUUUAAAUGGUGGCGGUAGUACACGUAGUCGGUCAGUAGAUCCUGCUUUACAUAAUCAUUCAGAGGAUAAUAGUGUUAAUCCUCAUGAUUCAUUAUCAUCAUCAAUAUUUGGUGUAUCAAAUAGUCCAGAGGGUUUCGUAAAAAAAGCAAAAUAUGACUGGAUAAAAGGAAUGGUAACUAGUCAUCAUGAAAAACGCUUUCAUCAAAGUAUUUCUAAUUGUUCAAAAAGCAUCGAACAAUCAGAUUCAAUAUGCUUUUCACCUAUAGAACUAAAAAUUAAUAAUUUUUUUAGACAAGAAAAAGAUCGAAUAAAUGACGAUGAGUUAUUUCGUCAUGUUAAUGAAAUUCAUCGUCAAACACUAUUUAAUCAUCGACAUGUCAUUUCACCUGGUCCUGGAUUAAAUGGUGUUUUAAUGAACAAUCACGUUGCUACUAAUAAUAACAGUAAUAAUUCAGAGAAUUCUAAUUUAAAUAUUUCCAACUUUUCAUUAAAUCUUUCAUCUGCAUUUAGUCCUACUAGCGGUUCAGUGAGACGUUUCAAAACAAUUUCUAAUAUAUCAUUAAAUAUACGUUUACAUUGGGCGACUUCACAAACUCUUAUCAAUUUGUUAAAGUCAACGAAUCUAAAAAUUGAAAGAUAUUCAAUUUCAGAAAGAAAAGAUGAAUUAAAUAGUCAGUCUAGCAUUUUGCUCAAUCCCGAAUGUCUUCCGUACAUUGGUUCUAUUUUUCAAGCAUUUAGUGAUUUUUCUGUUAAUAAAGUUGACAAUAACUCUACAGUGUUUGAACAUAUACCAAAUAUGAUUCGUGAAGUUCUUGAAUUGCCUUCACCAGAUCUAAUGGUCCCAUUUACAUCAUAUCGUAACCUUUUAUAUGUAUAUCCACGAAGUGUUAGUCUUCCUCCUUCAAAACAAGCUUCUUCUCGAAAUAUUACUGUUCGUGUACAAUUAAUGUAUAGUGACUCUACUGUAACUAAAGUACUACCGGCUAUAUAUGGCAAAAGUAAUUCUCCUAGGUUUAUAAGCGACGCGUUCACCACAGUUUUAUAUCAUAACAGAUCGCCAGAAUUUUUCGAUGAAAUAAAAAUUCAGUUACCCGGAAAAUUGGAACAAACUCAUUAUCUGUUAUUUACAUUUUAUCAUGUAAUUUGUCAAACAAAAAAACUUGAAUCAUCUGCGUCUUUAGAAACUGUAAUUGGUUAUUCUUGGCUACCUUUAUUAGAACAAGGAUGUUUAAAAGAUCGUGAUCUGAAUUUGUUAGUCAGUGUAGAAAAACCAUCCCCAGCUUUGGCAAUGAUUAAGCCGGACAUAAAAUCGAUCUCAGAAAAGUUUUGUAUGGAUGCUUGCAAAUGGGUUGAUGCUCAUCGUGAACUAUUCAGUGUUUCUACAACUGUUGUUUCUAGCGUUUACAUGCAAGAUGCUUCAUUAGAAUGUCUUUUAUCGGCUUGUCAUAUAAAUCGAAUCAAUUCUACCAUUGAAAGUUUUGCUAAUCGAUCUGCUGUUCGUCAACUAUUCUCAUAUAUUCAUAAAACAAGUCUUCAUCAGUUAACUGCAUUUUUCGUACCACUCCUCGAUGGCUUUCUUCGAUUGUUAUUUAAUUGCAUAAUAAGUACGAUUUCAAUCAAAAUGAAUGGUACCAAAUCGAAUAAUAAUGAUAGUAGUAUGGAGAUGAAUAGACCUAGUCUAAUCGCGUUAGAACUGCUCAUUGUAUUUUUGAAUCGUAUUACACGAAGUUUUCCUCAUUUAAAUGAUAGACAUGGACGAAACCAACUUCUAGUUUCAUAUUUAACUGGCCCACACUUUUUAACUAUUGAAACAGUUUUAGGUCAUUACUUCUCUGGACAUCCGUUAUUUGGAGUACCGAUAGUUUCGGAUUUGGUAAAUCCUGAACAGAUCGAUAAAAGCCUUUUAGCUAAUAUCAUUUUAACUGAACUUAUAAAAAUCUAUCUAUUCAGAACUAAACUCAAUGAUUCUCAAAGUAGUCAAACUUUUUUCCCUUCAUUAUGGUUUCUUUUGGAAUUAUUUAUUCAUUUAUUAGCACAAGAUUGGCACUUGACAAUAAAAGCUAAUGAACCGAACAUCAUUUUACCACUAUAUGAAAACCCUUGUUUUUUGGAAGAUUUAAGUUCAUUUAAUACAUGCCUAACAGAAUAUAUGAUUCGAUAUGUUUGUAGUCAAUAUACUAAAAUUUCGGAUGAUUCAACUCAGUGGGAAUCGCAUCGACUAAACAAUCAAAUAUUCUCAUUUUUCCUUUACGAUCUUUUCUCAUUUCUACCUAUCGAGUAUAUUUUUUCUGAAAUAAAAAAUUAUUGGAAUAAAAUUGAUCAACUACACUCGGAUGCAGAAUUAAAUCAAAUUUCAAGUGAUAAAUUAUUAAAUUAUUUCAAAUUAGAUUUAUUACAAAUAAUUUGUUCACAUAAAGCAUUUUACCUGUUGAAUGAUUGUAAUAAUGACAAUGUUAAUUUCAAUAAUUUAUUACCAGUGAAUUGUGAACGAUUACUUCGAAGUUAUAAGCAAUUAUCCUUAUGCAAAAAUAAUCAUCAAACAAAGCCUUAUAUAAAGUCAAAUUAUAUUCCAUUAGCUACUAUUGAACCAGAAUUCUAUGGAACUGAAGAUAAUCAUCAUCAUUGUCACACUGAUGAUUAUCAUGCAAAAAGUUUAAACAUAAAUAAUGUGAAUGUCUUCAAUAGACAUUUUCUUAUUUCACUAGUUAUUUGUGAAUUGGUCACAGCUUUAAGAUCUGAGGACUCUGACCUGCAAAGACGUGGAGUUGAUGUUCUUUGGAAUAUUCUAUUAAAUAAUGAAUUGGAUUUAGAAAAAGAGACAUCAGAAAAAGAUUCUUCAUCUCAAUCGAUUUCUAACCUAUCUCAACUCACUUACUUUUAUUCCUCAAUACUUAAUAUUACGUGUGAUUCUUUGCCAUGUCUUGUUAAAACAUGGCAUUUAAACCAACUUCGAUUAAAUCGUUCUGCUGAGACUGAAUUUCUCAAACCUAAACAACAAUUUACAUAUGCUACAACAGCAGAUAAAGUGGUUCCUAAUUCAUCGAAUGAUUCUUGUUCAACAGUUCGAGCUUCCGGAAGAAUGAGACGGAUAAGGCGAUAUGCAAAACCUACUAAAUUCUUGGAAUCUGUAUCGGUCGGGAACUUGAAUACUAAAGAACCUGAAAAACCUCGUUCUCCACUACCUAAUGAAGAUUCAGAUGUGAACCUUAUAUUGAAUACCCAAUUGGAUUCUACUAAACCUAUGAAAUAUAUUACAAUGAAACGAUUAUUGUUAAUUAAUGUUUGGAUCCUUAAAUAUAUUCCCGAUUCACUUUAUCAUGAAUGGCUUCAACAAGCUAGCACUAAAGAGCGGAAUCAGCUUUUGUUAUUGAUUUUCUUAAUCGUAGAUGUUUUCGAAACUCACAUUUCCGAAGAUGAUUUACCCCUUAAAGAUAGUUACCCUCUAAGAGAUAGUAGAAAUCAUUCAAAUUAUCAAGUAAUUAAGAAUGAAUCACGAAAUACCUUGGAUCAAAAUACUUCAUCAAAUGAUCAUAAUUCUAUUGAUCGAUCCCUUAAAAAAUCACCGCAUGAUUCACUUAUCAAGUUGAAAUCUCCAUCAGUUGAUUGUACUUUGUCAAGUCCUUAUGUUCAUCAAAAUAACAACACUUCCUCAAGUCAACAAUAUCAUUCUCGUCCAACUUUACUAAAACUCAAGACUAAAUUUACAAGAUCUAAUAGUUUUUCACUGGGAUCAUAUUCAAAUGAUACAGAUUUGUUUAGCUCAAAUCAAGAUUUAAAUGUUCUACGAAGUAUUUUGGUUUCUAAUGAUGUUGUUAUGGUCUUGUGCAAUUCUUUGGAUGCUACAAUAGAAGGAUUAUGGCAAGCGGACACAGCACUUGGCCAACCUGGCUUAAGUUUAUUCACACUUUAUAAUUAUCCAUUUAAUUGUAUUCUACCUUACAAGAAAUCGAAUUCGAUUAAUAAUGAAAACAAUACCUCUACAAGUCAAUGUCUUAUCAGUUGUAUUAUUCGUAUUAUCUUAUAUGUACUUGGUUUAAAUCAAAGCUCAGUGAGUUAUCAACGCAUUCUACUUUCCUUGAAACGUAUCAUAUCACGUUUCCCUAGCUUCUUAUUUGAAGAUAAUCCGGAAUUUUGUUCUGUUUCAUGUCAUCAUUUAUUACGGUUAUGUACAAUGAAAGAAACAACUGUUCGCGACGAUGCUGUAGAUACAUUAUAUUUUUUAAUAAAAAAUUAUUAUACACUAACUAAAAAUCUAUCUUUUGUCAAAGUACAUCUUUAUUUAACAUUUAAUUCAUUUUUUACAAAGUUAAUUAAUAGUGGAAUAAUCAUAUCAAAUAAUUCACUAAUGAAUAAACAUUUGAAUAAUAAAAUGAAUACUGAAAAUAUUCAUUUCACAUUAUCGUCUACUUUGUUAAUGAAAGCAUAUUUAAUUGAUUCAUUACAUUAUUUAAAACAUUUAACCUUAUCAGAUGUAGAUUCUAACUUAUCAACUAAAUUAAUUGAUAACAGUAACUAUGACGAAACAAUGUUUGAUUCAGAAAGAUACAUUGAACCAUUUAAUUUAACAUCAUUAUCAUUGAAUAAUAAUGACGAUGGGUAUAAUACGGUUUCUGGAAUAACUACAACACCGAUGACAGUGCCAACAAUACCAUUUAUGUCAAAUAUUCCCACUACAAAUUUUAGUUUACAAAUUAGUCAACUAGUAGAUAAUUUAAAUUAUUUAUUAAAUGAUGCUAUACGAUUACAAGAUACAAUCCAUGUUGCAUAUAAACGACAACAGGAACAAUCGAAUGAUUGUUUUAAACAAACAGUGAAUGAAGAUACACUUUCAAUGAUUGAUUUAUUACAUUCUAUAUCACAUAGAAACCGUGCAUCACCAGAAUUACGAUUGUAUUGGAUUUUACAAAUUGCUGAGAAACAUUAUGAACUUUCUCAAUUUGCUGAAGCUUCUCAGUGCUUAGCACAUUGUACAGCUAUUGUCGCUGAACAUAUGAUUAAUCGAGGUUGUAGUCCAUCUGGACUAUCAUCAGCUGGAUGUGCAGAUAUUGCUGAUGCUGUACAAAAUCUAAAUAUACUUGAAGAAAGUUGUGCGUGCGGCUUUCCUAAUACAAGUGUAUUCGAUAAGUUCAGUUGUUCUACACCGAUAAUCCUACAAGAUUUAUCAUCUCUUAUGCCUUUAGAUGUUUCUUGGCAUUUUACAAUCCCUGGAUUUAUGGCACUAAUAUCGUGGACAGCAGAAUCAUUUGCAAAAGCUGGCUUUUAUGAAAUAGUUCCAUGUUUAUAUUCUCGCCUUGUGCUUUUGUUGCAAUCGAGUAAUGAUUAUGGACGUCUAGCAGAGAUCCAUGGACGAAUAAGAGAUGCAUAUACCGUACUGAAUAAAAAUCAGAAUACUAAAAGAAUGUUCAGUAGUUAUUUCCGUGUUGGUUUUCAUGGAAUUAUUUUUGGUGAAUUAAACGGUAAAGAUUUUAUAUAUAAAGAAGCUCCAUUCACGAAAUUGGCUGAAAUCACUCAUAGACUUCAAGCAUUUUAUGGAGAUAAAUUUGGUCAAGACAGGAUAAUCAUCAUUAAAGAUUCAAAUAUUGUAGACGAAAAACAAUUAGAUAGUGAUAAAGGUUAUCUUCAAAUCACUUUUGUGGAACCAUAUUUGGAGGAUUUUGAACUUCGAAGACGUACAACUAAAUUUCAUUGUAAUUAUGGUCUAAAGCGUUUUGUUCUUUCUCUACCGUUCACAAUUGAUGGACAGCCUCAUGGUAGUUUAAGUACACAAUACAAGCGAAAAUACAUCCUAACAACAUCCCGAUGUUUUCCGUAUAUGAAGACACGUUUAUUAGUUGUAUCAACUGAAUCGCAUACUCUGACCCCAAUUGAAGUUGCUUUAGAAGAUAUAACACAUCGAGUUGAACAAUUAGAUCGAGUAUUAACAACAGAACCACCUGACGUCAAAUAUUUACAAAUGUUAUUACAAGGAUGCAUCGGAACUGUGGUCAACCAAGGACCUGUUGAAAUGGCAACAACUUUCUUGGGGCAUGAAAAAAAUAAACCAUUAAAAUCAUUAAUUCCCGAUAAGAAUAAGUCGUCUACAACAUUGAAUUCCACUACAUAUGAAGAUAUACAAAAUCGUCUUAGGAUAACUUUUCAACAAUUUCUGAUAAAAUCAUAUGAAGCUCUCCGUCUAAAUGAAUCAUUAAUCGGUUCUGAUCAGAUAGAAUAUCAUAAACAGUUGGAAAGAAAUUUCACCAACGUUAAACGACUACUUGAUCCUUUGAUCGUGAUACCUAAAUCCACUUUGACUAAUGGUUUUACAAGGAUGAAACAAAAUGAUGAAUUUCCACUAAAAUCAACAAAAUAA